ACAUAUAUGCACUUGGGAACAUAGGUUUGAAGCAUUUCGCACCCAUGUGCCCGAUUGGGUACUCAAAUUGUGUGAUGGAAAGCGACUAUUGGAACAUACUCAAAAAUAUUAUUAAUAGGAAAUUUGCUUUCUUAUUUUGUUUUACAUUCAAAAUAUUAAGUUAUUAAACAAGAUGUGGAUAUAUAAUAUGAAGUUAUUGAAAAGAACUGUUUUAGAAAUUUCAGUACGAUAUUACAAACCCAGAAGAGCUAUUUUGUAUGUUCCAGGAAAUGAUUUAAAAAAAAUUAAUAAGAUUCAAAGUCUCACAAUAGAUUGUGUUGCUCUAGAUUGUGAAGAUGGUGUGGCAUUGAAUAAGAAGGAUGAAGCAAGGUAUACAAUACGAGAAAGUUUAAAUCGACUAAUUCCAGAUAUAAAAAAUAAAACUGAUAUAGGAGUAAGAAUUAAUUCUGUAGAUAGUGAAAUAUGUGAGAAGGAUUUGGAGGUUUGUCUAUCUGGAAAUUAUUUGCCACAUACUAUUUUAUUACCAAAAGUAGAAGAUAGUGGACAAUUGCAUUGGUUUUCAGAUUGUAUCGAUAAAUACAUUAAACAGCGUGACAAAAUUAAUUUAAUCAUAUUUCUAGAGUCUGCUAAAGCUUUCAUAAAUAUCUCAGAAAUAUGUAAAACAUUGGUAACAUUAGCCGAUAAACAAAAAAUUAUACCAAAUUCUUUGGUUUUUGGAAGUGACGAUUAUUGUGCCAGUAUAGGUGCUACAAGAACCGAAGAUGCUACAGAAGUUUUGUAUGCUAGACAAAAACUAGUUUUAUAUGCCAAAGCAUAUAAUUUCCAAGCAAUUGAUAUGGUGUAUAUAAAGUUCAAAGAUUUAGAGGGCUUGAUACGUCAAAGUGAACAAGGAAGGCACAUGGGAUUCACUGGAAAACAAGUUAUACAUCCGGAUCAAAUAGAAGUCGUUCAAAAAUCUUUUUCACCCACUUUGGUUCAAGUCGAAUGGGCCAAAGGUCUUUUAAGAGCCUUCGAGGAACAUCAAAUUAAAGGAAUAGGAGCCUUCACAUAUGAGGGAAGUAUGAUAGAUAUGCCAACCAUCAAACAAGCUCAGAAUAUCAUUGAACUAAUGAAUUCUAUCAAGUAGGAAGCUUAAAAAAAUUGUAUUGUAUGUACGCAAAUAAAAUAUUUAUCUAUUUGAAAGUUUUUAUGACUAAAA